GGCACGGCGGCGACUGUCGCACGAACGCUUCCAGCCAUGAUUGGUGUCACUGGCUGUUCAGGCGGUGAGAUUCUAUUCAAUGACAUAGUUUCCGUUGCGUGGAUAACGACGGUGACCCAUAAAUUUGUGUGAGAAGUUUUUCGAAAUGGGAUGGAGUUUUCUUCUAGACUGGUUGUUUGUCGUAAAAAAUGACCAUCUUAUUCUGUGGGUAGCCCUGCGGACGGGAGCACACACAUAGCGGCAUGAAUGUGACGUGCUGUUGCUGAGCUAUUUCUCUUCCUAUCGCUGAUCACCGCUGUUCAGUUUACACUACGUUACCUGUUCACCUUCGCUUUUAUCAGGAGCGUGAGAGGCAGUGUUGUGAUUAAACAUCAAGCACACAUUUUUGCUCGAUUAAAUAGCCUCUUGGAAAAAAUUGCAUCAAAGUCUUUCUGCUAAAAUAGUUAUCGCCAAUUAUUGCUGUUAUCAUCAUAGCGCAAGAAAAUAUGAAUUAUUGAUGUUUACAAAUAUGGGAAAGUUAAUGAAUAAUAGUUUUGAAAGGGUAUUUUCUUUUCUUUCACGCACGCCCCCGAAACUGUUGGGAGUAAAUGUGUAUUCAAGAAAUAAAUCCGUUGCCAGUCACCUUCAUACAGUCAGUAUUACAUUAAUAGUUUUGAUACUUUUAAGCUGCAUUAAUUCGACGCGUUCUUUUGAAAUUCGCCAACCCAGCACUGGACCAGGCGGCACAAAAAAUAUCGUGAACUCCACUCUGCCAGGGAACAAAUGGCAUUAUGAUAUUGAAGCGACAUCCAGCAAACAUGCGCUUCCAUUUUUUAUUCUUAAUUCACUACAUGACGGAAUUGUUAUACUGCAUAGAAAAUUGGACUGUGCAAGGGCCAAAAGCAAUCCUUUGCAGUUCAGUGUGGUAGCGUCUAAAAGAUCUUUUCAAAUGAACAAUGUGGCAGGUUAUGUCACAACAGUAACUCCAUAUUUCAUCUUCAUGCAUGGGCAUAGGUGUAAAUUCUUUCAUAAAAAAUGGUUGAGAGAGAGAUUAAAAUCAAACGCUGAUCAAGCUGUUGUCAAUAUAAAAUUACAUUCUUUGGAUAACUGUUUCACAUCACACCAGACAGCUUUUUCCUUGUAUGAUUUUAUUCCAUUGCAGUUUCAUUCGUGUAAAAUAAGAGUUGUCUCAAUUUCCUCUGAUGUGAAUGUAAAUUCCUCAAAUUUGGAUAUCUCUUUCAUUGUAGACACAUGCGUGAACCAGGAUCUUAGGAUCAAUCUUAUUCUUUCAGCAAUUUGCCCAGGUUCUGACCAUCAGUAUGUAACAUAUCUUAUUAUCAUUCAAGAGCAGCCUAGUAGUUCACACCUACACCCCACUGCCUACAACAACACACUUCAGAGGAGUUCCGACCUGCACCCCACCUCAGGCCUACACCCCACUUUUGCCUACGACAGCACACUUCAAAGAAAGAAAAGACAAAUUAGAAGUAGCGCUCCUUCCUUCUCAUCAGCACAGUACAGUAAAAAUAUCACGGAGGAACAGGAACCAGGUUUGUCCGUGAUCACAAUUACAGCCACCGACCCAGACGAAGGUGAGGCAGGAAUGCUCACUUACAGAAUGGAAGCCAAUCAGGAUUUGAGAAGCUUGGACAUGUUUUCCAUCAACCCAACAACUGGCCUGGUCAACACGACCAAGAAGCUUGAUCGGGAGACCAUGGCAAGCCAUUCCUUUGUGAUCAUAGCGACUGACAAGGCUGUUCCCGAGUCGGCACGCCGGAGCGCUUCAACGUAUCUUCUUAUCACCGUUGAUGAUGUGAAUGACCAUGAACCUACAUUCCCAUCAACAAGUUCUAGAAUUGAAAUCCCUGAAAACCAGGCCCCAGGUCUGGAAGUCUAUGUAGCUAAAGCAGUGGAUGGUGACAGUGGGGCCAAUGCUAUUAUUAGGUACAGCAUUCUUAACCCUGGAGCCCCCAAUGAUGCAUUUAUGAUAGAUCCACAAAGCGGGUCCAUAUCAACGCGGAUAUUAUUGGAUAGGGAAAAGGUAUCGAGUUACAAGUUGCUGAUUCAGGCUGUUGAUCAGGGUAAUGUAAACGACAGGAAGUCCUCCACUUUUACGUUGUCAAUAAAUGUGGCUGAUAAAAAUGACAACAGUCCUCAGUUUUUACAGGAUAGCUAUGUCAUCAACAUCCCUGAAGAUCAGCCUGUUAGCCAGACCAAAGAAAUACUCAAUGUCACAGCCACAGAUGCAGAUGAGGGUGUCAAUGCACAAAUAUCAUACAGGUUGUCUGGACCAAACCAGGACAAAUUCACCAUCGAUAAGUACUCGGGAAAACUAUUCUUGGUUGGGCCGCUGGACUACGAAGCCACAUCCAACUACCAGCUCACGGUUUGGGCAGAGGACCAAGGACUACCCUCAAAGGGUACAGCUACAAUUGUUGCUGUGCGUGUUAUUGAUGUCAAUGACAACAGUCCGAUUUUUUACGAGUCCUCAUACAGGAAGACAGUGGAUGAGAAUAUUCCUGUUGAUUCAAUUGUACUGCAGGUUCAGGCUGAAGAUAAAGACAGUGGAAAAAACUCCCAAAUCUCUUAUUCAUUCCUCAACCCUCCAAAUCCUUUCCCAUUUGACAUCAACCAGCAAUCUGGAUGGAUAAAAACAACUGGUCCGUUAGAUAGGGAAAGCCAAUCAAGCUACACAUUUGGGAUAAAAGCUCAGGAUAAUGGUGAUAAGCCUUUAAGUGCCAACACAACUGUCAUUAUAACGAUCAGAGAUAUUAACGACAAUCCACCAAAGUUUCAACUGCGGAGCUACAAUGCUUCUAUUUCAGAGGAGGCCAACAAGGGAGACGCUGUUGUGGAGAUGUUGGCAAUUGAUGCAGAUGAGGGGGAAAAUGCCAGAGUUACCUACAGCAUAGACAGGGGCAACGACAAAGAUGCUUUUCAGCUCCGUGUGGCGGGGGGAAAGUGCACCAUCACAGUCAACAAGAAACUGGAUGCCAGGGAUCAAAGCAAGUACCUGCUGACCAUCUCUGCCACAGAUAAAGAUGGUUUUAGUGAAUCUGUGCCGGUUGAAAUAUUCGUUCUGGACACCAACAGGAAUGCCCCAGAGUUUCAGACCAAUGUCCCGUACACUUUUGAGGUCAGUGAAGAUGUGCCUAUUGGGACAUCUGUUUUUUCAGUUUUAGCAGUCGACAGAGACAGAGGUGAAAAUGCCAGAAUCACCUAUUCCUUAAAGGCGUCUCCUGUUUUCACAAUUGACCCUGACACUGGCAUUCUGCGAACACAACAGAAAUUGGACAGAGAGACUGUCCCUGGAUAUAUGCUCUCUGUCACAGCUACGGAUAAUGGUAUACCUCCCCUGAAGGAUGAACAGGAAAUUGUUGUCACGGUGACAGAUGUCAAUGACAAUAAACCCGAAUUCCAGAAAAUAAAAUAUUUUGGUAAAGUUUCAGAGGACGCCCUCACGGGUGUCAAAAUUCUGAAUGUCACUGCUGUUGAUAAAGACGAUGGGGUUUAUGGAAAAGUCAGGUACACAUUUGACGGAGGGGAUAAUGGCAACGGUGCAUUUAGUAUUGACAGCCAGGGAUGGAUACGUCUGGCCAGGGAAGUGGACAGGGAGGUAACACCCUCUUACGAUCUGGUUGUUGUGGCCGUUGAUUCUGAUCCUGUGAGCCCUCAGUCGGCAUCCGUUGUUGUCCAUAUCGAUGUGGAAGAUGUGAAUGACAACCCCCCUAUCUUUGAGAACAGUGUUUUCACUGUGUUCAUUCAAGAGAACAGUCCGAUGGGCUCAACGGUUGCAGUGAUCACAGCUGUAGACCCAGAUGAGGGUGCUAAUGCCCUGGUUUCGUACACCAUUGGGCAGGGGGAUGACUCAAAUUCAUUUCAACUGGCUGGACGGCUCGGUGACCCUGCAAUCAUAACCACUCGAAUCAGUCUUGAUUAUGAAGGAGGCCGCCAGAAGUAUGAGAUCACUCUCAGGGCCGCCUCAGGUACUUUGAUUUCAAGUGCUAAAGUUAUCAUUCAGGUGCAGGAUGUUAAUGACAAUAUACCUGUGCUAGAUGAUUUCUCCAUCAUUUACAACAACUUUGGUGGCAAUUUCCCCAACGGGCCCAUCGGCAAGAUUCCUGCUUAUGACCCCGAUGUCUCUGAUCGUGAUCGAUUGGUCUACAAGAUUCUUUCUGGGAAUAAGGCAGAGUUACUCUCUCUUAAUGAGUCUUCAGGGGAAGUUACUUUAGACCCUCGCCUUAAUUCUAACGUGGCCAGGACGGGAGUAUUUCAAAUAAGUGUCUCUG